GCCGCAGGUUGCAGACCCCUGCCCUAGUCUUCUUCCUCUUUACCUUGUGCUCCUUCAUUUUAUUCUCCUGACUGCACUCCUAGACAGGCUGGGGAGCUUGAAUAAUGGAUAGGGAUAAGGUCAGCUGUAACCUGAUUCAAGGGUGCUGCAUUCCUCCAGAGUCUCCUUCCAGCUUUCAUCUUAUCUGCUCUUAUCCCUACUUUUGUGGGAUCAGGUUAGUCUAUUGUCUUUGUGAGUUCUAGUGAAGGAGCAGACUGAGUGCUUGGGGCUGCAACAUGAUGCUGCCUCUAAACCGUCACUCACUCAAACUGCUCCUGUGAUGCAUACCAAAACAGCCCUGGAGGCUGGAGAAUUCCUGGAGGCUGCCGAACUGCAUUUCUUAACAUUCCUGGCAGCAACACCCAAUAGCCCAGUGGGAAAAAUUGAAGUUCAGGAGCUCAUCGUGGCAGCCUUCAUAGCUGCGCUUCAAAGGCAUUUCCCCUCGUAUUAUCUGCCUAAGACUGGGGCAAAGAGCCACCUGAUGUGGAGAAGAGAGCAAAUGAUGAGAGAAUCUUGAAAAUACCUGGGUCCUUGCCAGCUGCCAGUGGAAAGGAUGGUUGUGGAAGUCUGGUUGCAUCACUCGGCUCUUGGAAGACCAUUCUGAAUCCUGUGCUUUGCUGGAAAGCACUUGUCCCUCCCUUGGCUAGGAUGAUGCCUUUCUCUAUAGCCAACCUAUCUGGGAGACUUUGAAGACUGGGGUCCUUCACAAUACAUCACUUCUCAAUGGAACAUGACUUUCAGGUUCCUUCUUUUGCUGCUGUCACUUCCAGCCACCUGCUCAGCCACACCCAUGAAAGGAACCCACUGGAUGAAGAAAUAGAGAGGUGCACUCUGCCCUGCUGGGACGGGACAAAGGUCUGUGAAAAGGGGGUUUCCCAGUGUCAGCCACAUACUAGUUCAGGUAACAGCGUGAGGACCCAGGGCCUGUGGAGUUGCCAGCCUCUGGGAAGGAGCCCUCAUAUCCAGGGUUCCAGUUGCCAUGCGGUUCUUCUUAAGGCGUUCACUUGCAGCAGCUAUUUCCCUGCUUGUGUUCCUGCUCCUCGUAAGUCUGUCUCCUUGGACCCAAGAGGAUUCUGAGACGAGGGAAGUACGACAGUGGGCCCAAGAUGUGGGGCUACAGCAAUUGCACACUGACUGGAACCAACGUAGCCUCCAAAAGCUAGGGAAUGCCACCAACUUCCCGAACAUCUCUUAUCGCUAUCUUGCUGGCAUCCCCCCACCCCAGAAAAAGUUUCUGACUGUGGGGCUGUGUUCUGUCAAGCGGAAGCGAGAGAACUACCUUCUGGAAACCCUGCAGUCUAUCUUUCAACAAUCAACGCGUGAAGAGCUGAGAGAGAUGGUGGUGGUGGUCCACUUAGCUGAUCUAGACCAGGAGUGGAAUUCUCAAGCACUGGAGAAAAUUGCCAAGAGGUUUGCUCCGCAAGUCCUGCUGGGCCGCCUGCUAGUCAUCCAUGCUCCUUCUGAAUACUACCCUCCCUUGGAAGGCCUGAAACGGAAUUUCAACGAUGCCGAAGACCGUGUGCGAUUCAGAUCGAAGCAGAAUGUGGAUUACGCCUACCUCAUGAACUUUGCAGCCAACCUCUCCACCUACUUUCUCAUGAUUGAGGAUGACGUCCGUUGUUCCAAGUCCUUCUCCACGGCCAUCAGGAAGUCUGUGGCAUCUCGGGAAGGAUCCCCUUGGGUCACCCUGGAGUUCUCCAAGCUUGGCUACAUUGGCAAGCUUUACCACUCCAGCGACCUGCCCCGUCUCGCUCAGUUCCUUCUGCUCUUUUACCAAGAGAUGCCCUGCGACUGGCUUUUCGUGCAUUUCCGCCUUCUUCUUACCCAGAAGGACGCGAUCCGUUUCAAGCCGUCCCUCUUUCAGCACAUUGGCCACUACUCUUCCUUCCAGGGCACAGUAAACAAGCUGAAAGAUGAAGACUUUGAAGAGGACCUCUCCACACACCCCGACAACCCCCCUGCAGAUAUGAUUACAGAUAUUAAGACGUUUGAGAAUUACCUUCCCAGCAAGGCUUACAGCAACAUGGAAGACUACUUCUGGGGCAAGGACCCCUCUGCUGGCAAUUCAUUCACAAUUGUUUUUAAGCAAGCUACCCAAAUCUUCCGCAUCCAGAUCCUCACAGGCUCCAAACAGCGCCCAGGAGACUAUCUCCAGGCGGGGAUUGUGGAGUUGGGCACCCAGAAGGGCCGGGGUGGCUUGCGCUGUACUAGCUACACCCCAAUUGGACACUUUGAGCAUGGAAGCUUUGACAAGCAAGGCCUGGAGGGCAGGACUGCCUCUGCCCCCGAGUGUGUGCGCAUAACAGUGACUACGACUCAGAGUGAAUGGCUGAUCAUAAGCAGCAUAAGCAUCUGGACAAAGGCUGGUCCCUGAACUGGAUGACAAUUUUAGUUCAAGCGCUCUCAUGACAAUCUUGUGAUACUAAGGGUGGUAGACUGGUGGGGUUUUAAUUUAGCCGAAGCCAGUAAUUAAACAUCCUACACCAAAUCUGUAAUUCAACAGACGGGAGAUUAGCCUCCAAGCGCAAAGAAGCAUUUGGAACACAGGAUGGAACAAAGAUUUUUUUGCCUUAGGAACUUAGAUGUUCAGGUGGCAGCCAACAUGAUGGACAGUACUAGAGCUAGAGAACUGGUGGACAGUGUCCUUCCUCCACUCUUUUGCCUCCCUAAUGCACAGAUGUGAUUGCAAAAUCACAGCUCACUUCCUUCCCAGGGUGAGUAGCUAUGGGUGGCAGUAAGCCAAGAAAAGUCCUGUGAGGUAGUUUCUCUGUUUCAUCCUCCAGUUAUGUUAACAUUUCUAUGUGCGGCUACACAUUUUUUUAAAAAAGGGAAUGUCAAUGGGAUCAUGAAUAUGAAGAUGGGCACAGGCUGUGCCAAUCUGGUGACACAGAGAACUUAAGGAGAGAAUAUCACUCUUUGGGUGCAGUUGAAAAUACUGCAUUAUUGGUGAAUGCAAAGAUUUGUAACUACCAUAGCAGCUUAUUAUGACCAAGAAUGCAAACUCAGAUGAUGAUAAUAAUAAUAAUAAUAAUAAUAAUAAUAAUAAUAAUAAUAAUAAUAAUAUAUUACUUAU